AUCAUUUAUUUGACGGCGAUACCAUGUCCUGGUUUACAUCAAUGUAAACAGUAAAUGCAAUCAGCCCGAUGGGCUCCUUAUAUAUUUAUGUGGUAUACAGUUACCUGUUUAGUAGCAGGAUGGAUUUAAUCGAGCAAGUUUCAAAGUAUGGAAUGAAAAUAUGGCAAAUCAAUCAAUACUUAUUCAAAAAUUUGCAACACAUUCUGUUUACAAAACUGGAAAAAUUCUGGGGCAAGGAUCUUUUUCUGUGGUUGAUAAACGAAUUUUGGGGGGUAAUUAUGUCGCUAUUAAAACAAUAAGAAGGCAAAGCAAUAUACUUUGUCAAGUUAACGAAAUUAAUAUUUUAAGUCGGCUUUGCCAUGAUAAUGUUGUUAAAAUGUUUGGUGUCCUUGAUGAUCCAGAUCCAGAUACCAAAAUCGUACUGGAAUAUCUAGAAUGCGGUUGCUUAUUUGAAUAUGUGUUAAAGACAGAAAUGACUGAGUCGGAUCAACUAAUUAUACUCAAAGGUAUCUCCAAAGGUAUGCAAUAUCUGCACGAGAUGAAUGUGAUCCACAGGGACCUCGCAUCCAGAAAUAUAUUGUUGGGGUCGCAAUUGACUGCAAAAAUUUCAGAUUUUGGGUUCAGCGUGCUUACAACUGUUGCCAAUUUUUACGCAUAUUUCGAAUAUUCGAAAGAAGAACUUAAUCGCAUGCCAUAUCGCUAUCUUCCUCCUGAGAGCGUUGCAGGGCUACUUGAUACACCUGGGACAAAGUGCGUCUACUCUAAAUCUGGAGAUGUUUGGUCAUAUGCUGCAAUAAUUUAUGAAAUGAUGGUGCCCGGGAAGGUUCCAUUUCAUGAAUUUGGGACAAACAAUGUGGUGGAAAUUGUACGACGAAUUUGCAAAGGAUUCUAUCCAAUGUGUUGCCCUACCAAAUCAAAUAGCUUUAUGAGUAAUUUAUCACAAGCAAUAUUUAAAUGUCCGCGAGAUCAACGACCGACUUUCGAAGAGAUUCUAAAGACCAUUGAGAAUCGUCUGGAAUGUUUAUCCGUCAAUGAUUUCGCAAUUUCACAUCAGCCAAUCUCCCAAGCACAAAAAACCGAAGAUGGAACCAACAUGACCAACGUUGCUUUAGGGAGUGUGGACAGCGGGAUUGGUAGCACAUCAUUUAGCAUGGAUAGUACUUGUGAUAACGACGAAUUGGACCAAUUAAAGAACUGUUCCGAUAUUAAAGCUGCAGUUGUGCUUCAAAAUGUCACAACCGUUUUGCCCGACAUGGAUUUUGCAGAGGGAAUUUUUAAAAAGUUUGGAAGACCGAACCUUAAAAUUAAUGCGAUUAAAAGACUAAGCUCUAAAUCACUCGCGAUCGUGGUUAAGAGCAGAUCCAGUAAUACAACAAUGAAUCCUGAAAUGAUUAAGGCCUUGUCCUCCAUGGUGAAUGACAUUAAAGCAUGCUCCUCUGUGUACAGUAGUUCAAUAAAGGUAGAUUUAUAUAAUCGUGAGGAAUUUAACCUUGACGAAACUGGUUGAUGGUUUAUGUCGGUGCUAAGCUUAGAAACUACGCUUGGUUAAUUUCUAAAAGGUUAUUUUUAACAAGUAUAUAAUUACAGUGUGUGACACUAUUGACUCACUUAAAAAACGCCAGCGUGAUGUUUUUGUUCCCGCAUGUUAUAUUUCUUUAUCCAAAUCUUUUUUUCCAACUGGGGAAUAAUAAUUUUCCGUCAAGAACAGAAAUUCACAUUUAAAUACAAACAUUACAAGGAGGCAGAUAAAUUGCUCGAAAAUUGCAAGUUUCCGUAAACACCAUGAGAUGUUUGAAGGACCGACAUUUUGUGACUGGCAAAAGCGUCCUUGCAGAACCACAGUGCUUUAACCUACCACUAAGAAUAUAAAGAAAAACAAGGAACAUGACUAACCCAGAUACGUAGGAGUAUGUAGUUUCAAAACGUACACUACAUACUUCUCAAUCCGUUUAUGGAUAAGUUAAAUUAAAAUAAAUUGCAUUACAAUACUAAUAUGAAUUACAUUUACAUUACAAUUAAUUUCAAUUAAAUUUCAAUUAUGCACAAAGAUUUGCGGUUAACAAUAAGAAUAUUGAAUAACCGUCCUGUUACUUAUGUAUGUACAUAUUUCCGUCUGCAAGAAUUUGUCGUAGAUUAGCAACUAACAGUAAUGCAGUUACAAAUUUAUAUGAUGCUAAAAAUUUUCACAAAACCAGGACAGGGUGUUUUUACAAGUAACAAAUUUUAUUAUAUAUUGUAUUAAAUUUUUAAUCCGAUUUUAAUAAUUUUUUUUCUUAUUUUUAGCUUACACACCAAAAAUUUACUUGGAUUCCACAAUUUCUCCAAUAAUUUCAAUAGCUUCAAUUUUAGUUAGUGCCCCCUACAUAAAAUAAAUAGCACAUUCUUAUCUUUUCUAUCGAGAAAUAUCUACAUGCAAAACAUACCACUGGCAAAUCCACAGCAGCCCGGGCCGGGUAGUUUUCCGCGAAGACUAAAAUAAAAUAAAUCCUAUUUGCACAAAUUUACGAAGCUUACCUUACAAGUAAGACAAGUUUAGUAAUUGCAAGUCUAAUAUUUUACUUGCAAAAUUUCAUAAGGUAAAUACGUAAAUCAGUGACGUCUUGUUGUUUUGAAAAAAUUGACGGUUUGUAUGACACAAUCAUAUUUAUUUAAAAUCACAUAGUCAAAGGUUUUAUGAGCUUUUAUCAAAUUUGGAAAAAUAGAAACAAAUAAGUAAAUACAAUUUCAAAUUUAUUUUACCAGAUUA